GUAGUGUCACACUCAGAUUGGCCGUCUCAGUUGGUAUAGUAAGGCAACCCGGGGAAGGUCAAGGACAAAGAUCCUUAGUGGGAGGCAGUCUGGCAGACAUUUACUUCCGGCCACCUUCUUUAUCUCAAAGAUACCUACGUCAACACUCCAACUGACCUGAUUUUCAAGCACAUGGAUUAUAGGAAACCAUUCGCUGGAGAAAACGAUCCUCCGGUGGAUACCUUCAAGCAAGCAUUUCAUUCCACCGAAACCGAGCUCCCGGUUUACCUGCAUACGAGGGAGCCGAUUGGUCGACGUAGAUGGCAAAAGGGUGCCUUGAGUGCCUUGCUUGCCAUAUGUCUAGCGACACUUCUGUUACAGGGGUACCAACCUCACCAGCAUCUACAUACCCAACCCCAAACUCAGACCCGAAACCCUGCCUAUCUCAUAGCAGCCGAACACGGUGCCGUUGCCUCUGAGAAUAAACGGUGUUCAGACAUAGGUGUCAACGUCUUGAAGGAAGGAGGAAAUGCUGUUGAUGCCGCUAUCAGCGUCGUUUUUUGUGUUGGUGUGGUCAACAUGUUUUCCUCGGGGAUAGGCGGAGGGGGAUUCAUGACGGUUCGCAUUCCACCCUCAUCUGAGGGUGGUAGUUCGGAAGUAUAUACCAUUGAUUUCAGAGAAACGGCACCGGCCUUGGCAAACAGUACCAUGUACAAGGAUGAUCCAAUCGCUGCGCGAUGGGGUGGAUUAGCAAUUGGCGUUCCCGGUGAAAUUCGCGGACUCCAGGAAGCAUAUGGACGAUGGGGGACAUUGCCGUGGGCUAGACUUGUGCAGCCAAGCGUAGACCUUGCUGCUGAAUGGACAGUUGACAAAGAGCUAGCACGACGUCUGCAGAUGUUUGAAAGCCGUAUGCUUCCCGAAGAAGACUGGACAGCUAUUUUCGCUCCAGAAGGACGGAUGCUGCUUGAAGGCGAGAUUAUUAGACGAACGAAUUACUCUCGCACGCUUUCUUCUAUCGCGUCGGAGGGACCCGAUGUCUUCUACAAGGGCCCCAUAGCAGACUCCAUCAUACGCAAGAUUCAGGCCGAGGGAGGAAUAAUGACCAACGAAGAUCUAGAGAAUUACACUGUGAAGGUGGAUCACGCUCUUCAAGGGACGUAUCGUGAUAAGAAAGUGUACACUAGCCGCGCGCCUACUUCCGGACCCGUGCUUCUUCAUAUCCUGAAUCUACUGGAACGCUAUGAUCUCAUCGGUGAAGGUCGAACUGGCUUAAACAUUCACCGCUUCAUAGAGGCCUUGAAGUUCGGUUUUGCAGCUCGCACAAGGAUUGGUGACUUGCCAUAUGUUAAAAACGGAACGGCUCGUGUCGCCGAAAUAUCCACAAAAUCGUUUGCAGAUGCUAUAGCAGUAAACAUCACUGAUGAUCGCACGCAUCCCCCCGAAUACUAUAAUCCAGAGUUUGACGUCAAGAUCGAUCAUGGAACUAGUCAUACAUCUGUGCUCGACAAGGACGGCAUGGCCGUGGCAUUGACUACCACGGUGAAUGUCGUGUUUGGAUCCAUGGUGCUUGACCCCGAAACUGGUGUUAUCCUGAAUGACGAGAUGGACGAUUUUGCGGUUCCCGGAAGCCCCAACGGCUUCGGUCUAUGGCCCUCACCAUAUAAUUACCCCGAGCCCGGAAAACGUCCCCUAUCCUCAACGACACCCACGAUCAUGGAACACUCAGACGGCUCGUUUUAUCUAGCCGUGGGAGGUUCAGGAGGUGGACGAAUUUUUGGCGCAGUCCUACAAGUAAUGUUAAACCUCGAUUGGGGAAUGGACGUCAGCGAGGCUAUUGAAUGCGGCCGAGUCCACGAUCAGCUUUACCCACUCGAAGUAGACGCCGAUGAUGUCGUGCCUGGUCCUUUGAUAAACGCUCUUUUAGAACGGGGACAUAAUAUCACAGUGUCAGAUAUUAACCGCAUUGCUGCUGUCGUUCAAGCGGUGGUUCAAAAAGAUGGCAAGAUAUUUGCGGCUAGCGACUCGAGGAAGAACGGUAUCGCCGCGGGAUAUUAGCCGCACCCCUCCGCGGUCCUACGUCCGAAGUAGUCUAGUCAGUAUCUAAGUAGUAAGUAAAUCGUACGUAGCCGAAUGUAUGCCAUGUCUCUCGAAACGUGAGAUCAAGUACAAGUUUAUUUGGCAUCA